AUGCCGGCUCGACAGCAGAGUGCUUCUGUCGCGGCCCUUGGUCAGGGCUCUGCGACGUUCAAGACUGAGCACGAGUAUGUCUGCAACGGUGGUCGGGCUGCUUUGGUCGUACAGACCUUGCCGCAGAAAUAUCUGACUGUGAUGGGGGGCUCUGCGGAGAGGGGCAGAGGUGCCAUGACGGGAUUUGUUCGGGUGGAUGGAGAGGCGAAGAGCGUCAAGAUCAAGAUCACCGCGAUCGUGACAGCCAAGGUGCCAAGAGUCAGCACAGCCAUUCCUCUGGACAAGCUGCCCUCUUCCACUUCGCAUACAGUACAGUCCCAAGAGCUCUUCAACUCGACGACUAUCGUUGCUAUUCCGCACAGUAGUGCGAGCUCUUCAGCCGCACACGUCAUGCCUUUUGCAAUCGAGCUGCCACGCAGCUCCACCCAUGGAGACCUGCCCGCAUCGUACGUGCUGCAAUCCUACAAGUCCACCAAGGCUACUCAGAAGGAACAGAGAGGCGGGCAAGACAAGGGCGAAGAGUGGGCAUCGAUCAGGUGGGAAGCGAGAUUGAUUGUGGAGAGAGGUAUUCUGCGCAAAUCGGACAGGACGAUAGCGCCUUUCGCCUUUCUGCCUCCUCCGCCUGCUUCGCCUGCAGUCGCUGCCUCCAUCGACAGAUCCAAUCGGACUCGCCGCUUGCUCAAAGGUCAGCCGACUGCUUUGGACGUGCGCGCUCUGCUGAGCUCUCCAUCACCCGCCUCGUGGACGACACAUAAGCUGCCAAGUGUGGCUCUCCCACCCCCUGCCAACAACCCCGGUCUCUUUGCCAGGCUGUUCGGAGCGAAAGCUGUGGGCUCUUGUCUGGAAGAGGUCUGGAGCGUCAAGCUUCCAAAUGAGCCUUUGGUCGCUAGAGCUGGGCUGAGCUUCGUGAUAGAAUGCAGACGACAGUGGAGCUACGAAGUAGGCAAGCGGGAGGUGGAUCUGCCGGCUGUGGAGCUCUUGCACGCGACCUCGAUGCCGGGUGGGUCGCAUCGUACAACAAGCAUGGGAGGAGCAUUCGUCUCAGCGCCAAUUCAGACGGUUUCGCCUUCCAGGGCAACAGUUGCUGCUGCAUCUCGCGGAGCAGACUACAUCGAAGAGGUGCACUAUUUGGGUCACCUGUCGAUUCCAAGCGCCAGUACAGCGAGCUUCAGCACGGCUCACCUGACUUUGAAACACUGUGUCCAGAUACGAUUUCCUUCCUUGGACCAGCCCUUGGAGAUUGAGACUAAGUUGGUCGCUCACCCGCCAGCUAGCGUCGCGAUACCUCACCCUGCUCCGGGCAUUCUCGUAUCUAAUUCGAGCGCUUUGCCUGGAAAUCCGGCACCCCCGGCACCUCGAGCGUACAAUCCGCCUCGCAGGGAUAGCAAUGCGCUGUCAGAUCCGACUGGUGGGCUUCCAAUCCACCCAGGUCCCGAAACGCUGUGGGCUGAUGGACCCACAACACCAAACUUGUCCAGUGCUGCGACUCAUCCCUCUGCGCCUCUCCCACACUCGACAUCGAUGGCCGGCGUUGGGAGUGCGGUGGGCCAAUCCAGAGCAAAUACAGGGAGUCGCGAAACAGAGACCAUGUCAACUUCUUCCACCGCGCGACCAUCCUUGAGCCCUGCUGCGGUCCAAUCUCCAAGCCUUGCUACUCAAGCGCGUGGCGGUGGAAGCAACAACAACCAAAGCGUGAGACCCGGGGCAUCUCUUGCUUCCGCCCCCCAUUCUCGUGGACGACCCGAGACCAGGCCGAGCAAAGUGUCGGCCGGUCAGCCACCACGUCCGCACUUUGAUACGCGGAAUCUCAGCGCUACAGACGCUGCGGCUUCCUCGACCGCUCGUCACCCGCACCGCAAUUCAGCGCCCUUGCUCCAAGUGCCUGCUGGAGUCUCGUCCUCUCCGUCGCCGCCUGCCUCUCUCUCCCCGUCGCCACACCCAGCUUCUGCGCGUGGAGCCUCGCCUGCGACAGCAUCGCCUGCCGCCACGCCUCCUUCUGUCGCAACCAGCACGCCGCCAUCAUCCACUCCUCCCGUCUCAGGCCAGCGGCCAAUCUCGAUAGCGCUCGGCGCUCACUUUGCAGCUCAUGCUCGCUCGUCUGGCGCUCAGCAAAGUGCGAUCUCUGACCAGCGUAAGGCGUCCGCUACGCCGCCCAUCAACGCAGCAGCGACUCCUCAACAUGCUGCUUCGGCCUCCGUCGACAGUCCUCACGCACCUGCGAUACAACGCGCUAGUGGCGCUGCUACCUCAUCUCGACCGGAAGCAGCAGGUUUCAGAAGGCGGCUGCUGAGCCAUCAGAACGUGCUCAGUCAGUUGGCCAAUGUUCCACUCGUCCCUUCAGCAACGUCAGGCACGGCGUCACUGCAAGCGCAGCUGAGACCUGAGCAGAUUGCCGCGAGGAAUGGUAGAAGGACCUCUGCUUCUCCAGAUCCUACAUACUCCCCCGACUCGGCAAACGUGGCACGACCAUCCGUCCCACAACAGAAAGCUCUGCCUCGGAUUAGGCAUUCUUCCGAGGCUGGUGGCAACACCUCCACGCUUGGCCCAUCGGCGCCCCCAGCUCUCCCACCACAAGUGCCGGGGAAAGAGCCUUCGGUGAGCGAUACGACUUUGGGCCCUGCAGCUCUACCUCCAAGCACGCCAUCCACAUCGACCAUGACGAACACCGCGCCUCCAGGCGCAUCGAUAAGCUCUUCGAAUCCUUAUACUCCAAUGCCCUUAGGACCUCCGCUGCCCAACCCUCACAGCCAUGCGCCUCCGACAAAUUUCGAUGCUUCAUCAGGACUAAUAAGGUCCAACGUCGUAUCCGAUAAUGCUUCGCAGCAUGAAAGCAACUACACCCAGUCCAUCGCUCCGGCGUACGAUCAAGCUUGGCUCUUGGAAGACGUCUCGACGUAUGGCGACGAUGAAGAUGAGCGGGAAGCAGAGGCGGACGCUUCGUUGCCUCCUAGCUAUUUCGACGUGACUGGCAUACCCGAUGAAGAUUGA